GUGUAAGAUUAACUUGACUUCAAACCACAGGGGUAAACAGACCGCUACUAGAACAAUUCAAGAUGCUUCCAGGAAUUGAAAAUUGUCUUCUGGAACAACAAAACAUGAUCAAACACACUGCCAAAAACAGGAAUCCUUGCAUGUCACUGGGACAUGCGUCUGAAAGCCAUAUGAUGAUAACAACCUGCUGGUAAAUUACCAAACCAGACCGAGUCUAAGACUACACCUUUGAAAGUGGUGUAAAAUUAGUGACAGCUGAACAAACAGACCUGGCCAUCCCCCAGCUGAGCUCCCACCUCUCCCCCCUCACCUAACCUGCUCGUCUCCUCAAUCCUGGGUCAGUUUUUCAUUUCUUAAACCUCAGAAGAACACAGGGCCAGCUUCCAUACCACUGUUCCCCCUAAGAUGCGCUCUCAGGCCAUGGCUGUUCACAGACAAACAUCAAAGAUGGCACUGUACCUUGUUUGGACCCUGAUGGGCUUCAGUCUAUGUGCCCCUCCAGUUGAUUUGGACCUUGCAGCAUAUGAUCUGGAGAAUUAUGAUGACUCAAACACAUGGGAGCUAAACACGUACGGAAACACGUAUCAUUAUGAUGACCUGCCUGAAGAGGUUGGGACUCUGGCUCCUCCUCCAGCAGUCACUCAGCCACCUGCUAUAGUUCCUCCAGAGGAUUAUGUUGAGGAAGUGACACUGCCUCCCCGUCCAACAAAGUCACCUGUCCCUUCCACUCUAGACUUCCAUGAUCCAGGCCUGUUUGGGCCUGACACAGGCUUAGGGAUGCCCUCCUGCCUGCUGUGUGUGUGUAUCAGUGGCAGUGUGUACUGUGAUGACUCAGAUCUGACUCAGAUUCCCCCUCUCCCUAAAGAAACCACACACUUCUAUGCUCGCUUCAACAAGAUCACGGAGAUCAGGGCCACAGACUUCAGCAAUCUCAAUCAGCUGAAACGGAUCGACCUGAGUGAAAACCAGAUAAGUAAAGUGAACAAGGAUGCUUUUCGUUCACUGCUUCAGCUUCAGGAUCUCAUGUUGGCUGAUAACAACAUCCAGGCACUUCCAGAACUCCCAUCUACCCUCAAACACAUCGACGUUCGCAAUAACCAGCUGAGGAGUUCAGGCUUGCAUGCAGAGGCCUUUAAGGAAAUGAAAGAACUUCAGUUCCUGUACCUGUCAAACAACAAGUUAGACUACAUUCCCGUUUCCCUACCAGACAGCCUACGAGUGCUCCACCUGCAGAACAACAACAUACAGAGCAUAAGCCAAGAUACUUUCUGCAACACCCAUGACAUAAACUACAUACGGAAAGCCCUGGAGGACAUCAGGCUUGACGGCAACCCUGUGGACAUCAAUCUGUAUGCCCAGGCUUAUGUCUGCUUACCACGACUACCUAUAGGAACCCCAGUCUAGGACAGUGUCCCCCUGUUUUCUGCAGUUUGUGUGUAUAUGUGUGUAUUUUCUGAACUUCAACGCUCUUGUGACCACAGGAAAAUAAUUUGAAGCAAAAAGAUCAAAUACUUUAGAAUGUCACCAUAUCAAUAUCUAGGCAAUCAAUAUCUAUCUUUUAAAUUUCAUCUAGUGACUUUUGACUCAUUAAAAUACAAAAAUGUACAAAAGGGCUCUGUUCAAAAAUACAGCAUAGUUCUAAAUGAAAAGCCACCAUAAGUUACCAAUUUGGAAAAGUCUGCAUAGGCAACAACACUGCCACAAAAAGGAGAUAUAUCUCAGUUGAUUUCAACAGUGUUUGCAGUUAGCUUGUUGCUGAACAGUUAGUCAGAUAACUAUAUAAAAAAAAAUACCACACACAAAUAUGUGGCAAAUGGUCAAUUCAAUAGUCACGUAUAAAUCAAUUUAACAUGGGUUCACCUACAAAACUACAAAAACGAGCUCCCCAGAUAAGAUGUGUACUUGAUCUGGAAAGCAUCUUGCAGAUGUGAAUGCAGACGUCAAAUAGACGUCUCCGAAAUGCACGUGUACUAUCAGGGUAUACAUACAACCCAGAUAGCACACGUACGUCUGCAAGAUGUCUGUUAAAGAUCACUUGAUCUGGAAAGCAUCUGCUGAGUACAAACAUCUGAUAGACGUCUGCAAGAUGUCUGUUUUACAUACAUUCUAAAUCAUAAAAAUCUUAAAGACAUCUAAUAGACAUCUAUUUGGCAUCUGAUAGGAAACAUCCUAUAGAUGUAUUGCAGAUGAGCAAACACUCUAAAAAUAUGUCUUGCAGAUGUAAAUGCAGACGUCAUAUAGACGUCUCCGAGAUGUACGUGUGCUAUCAGGGUAUACAUGCGACCCAGAUAGCACACGUACGUCUGCAAGAUGUCUGUUAAAGAUCACUUGAUCUGGAAAGCAUCUGCUGAGUACAAACAUCUGUCAGAUGUCUGCAAGAUGUGUUUUACAUACAUUCUAAAUCAUAAACAUCUUAAAGACGUCUAAUAGAAGUCUAUUUGACAUCUGACAGGAAACGUCCUAUAGAUGUGUUGCAGAUGAGCAAACACUCUAACUGCAGAUGUAAAUGUAGACGUCAAAUAGACAUCUCCAAGAUGUACGUGUGCUAUCAGGGAAUGCUCUACAGCUGCCAGUUGAAAAAAACACUAUAGGGAGUAAAACUCCAACAGUGUUUAUUCCCUUUUACACAUGUAUACUGCCACACCGUAGUAUACACAGAGCAUGUGUGAUCGUGAAUCUCAAAAGUGAAAGCGGCUCCCUGAUGUUCGCAGUUUAUAUGCAGUAAAAUUACCCAACAUUAUAAGCAUUGAAAUUAAUUUUUUCCUUCCAUCUCCUAUUUAUUUUCUUUAGGGGUUUCGUAGUACACGUAAUUUCCUUUCUGAACAUGGUGUUCUGAUUCAGACACAUCCCUAUGUGCCAUAAUGCAUGAUUUAGAAACGAAUGCAUUUUGACAUUUGCAUCACAUAAACAGCUUCAUUUGUGUGAUGUUUCUGAUAGUAAACUUGCCCAGUAGCUCACCUGGUACAGCACUGCACUUGCUAUGCGGAGCUCUUGGUUUAUAACCUUUUUAUCACCACUCACCAAUACAAUACAUACAACAACAUAAUAAAACAUUUCCAGAUUCAUGUUUCGUUUGUUUCACAUACGAACACACUUUUAGCAGCACUCACUGGACAUUUCACUUUAAAAGUGUUGCAAUAGUGUUGUAAUAAUAAUGUGCAACAGGCAAUAUAUUUUUUACAAUAUAUAUAUAUUCAAUAUAUAUUUAUAUAUAUACACAAAUGUCACCAUAGGCACGUUUUUGUCAUGUUCUGUUUACUGAGAUUCUGUGUUUUUAUAAAUUAUAUAAAUGAUUUUUGAUUCAACCACCACACAUUUGGGCACAUUUUGUUCUCUAAUGGCAUUGCAAUAUACCAGGGGUGGCGAACGUCUGUCCUGGAGAGCCGCAGCCCUGCAUAGUUUUGCUUCAACCCUAAUCAAAUGCACCUGAACAAGCUAAUCAAGGUCUGAAGGGUUACUAGAAAGCAACAGCCAGGUGAGUUUUAAUUAGGGUUGGAACUGAACUCUGCAGGGCUACGGCUCUCCAGGACCGGAGUUCGCCACCCCUGCAAUAUACAGUAUUCUGGGGUUUACUUUUGCAUGAAAGAUGUAUGUGAUGUUGCCUUACAGUUUGUUCAUAAGAAGGCAAUGUAAUCAUGCUAACUACCUUUUGGGACACCCUUCAUGUUGUGAGCACGCCUAUGAUGGCUUAAAAUAUCAUAGUAGGCAGAUCACUAGGUUUUGGAACAGAGACAUUGAUUAGUCAUGACAAAGCUGCAGAGGAAGCCAGAGCAGGAGUAUAUUGUACAAAUGAUUUUCAGUUUCCACCACAAUGUGGCGCCAUUCUCCAACACUUUCUGUCUGCUGUAAGAUAUUUCUGCAUUUCUAUAGACACUUAGCUCCAUCUGUCAGGUGUUUGUGUCAUUUAAUCUCAGUAUGAUGCUAACAGUCUUUGAAAAUGCACUCUUCUUUAUUAAUGAUGUCGUAUGUUUGCUUGAUUUGCUAAAUCUCUAUUUCCCAUUCAGUAGUUUUCAGGAUGUAUAUACAGUGACAACUCAGCCGCAUCUAUUUUUAAAUCAAUUCGUUCAUGUACCACUGCAGGUGGUUUCUGAGGUUACUUAGCAACUGUCAAAUAUUUAUAGUUUGACAUUUACCCAUGAGUGCAAUGUAAAGAUACUCCUA